CUUUUGUCUCUCUUCGCCUCUCCUCCCAACGAAGCCCCUUCGCACACUGCAGAAAUGAGAGAUUAGUAUGCAAUGGAUGAACUUUCUUCUUUGACUGGCCUUCCCAGUCACAGCUGAUAGUUUACGCCGUACGGGGCGUCUUGAUGUCGUGAUUCUUCUCUCUGCUUCUUCGCUUAGCUCAAACAGGACUUGGGAAAUCCUUCGGUGCCCAGAUGGGUUUGGGGUCUAGUAAAGUUUCGACCAUAAUUGGGUUCGGGCUGAGCGCGCUCUUCAUCUCGUUCAUCUUCAUGAGACUGCUCUGUCGUCGGCUCCGGAGAGCUCAAUCCCGGCCCGUGCUAGAGGUCGAUCCAACGAUUGAUGUGGAGCAGCAGAAUCAGUUGACUGGCCUCGAACCGGUUCUGGUGGAAAAAAUCGCGACAACGAAUUUCAGUCGAGACACUUUCAGCGCAGAAGAUGCACAAUGCUCAAUAUGCUUAGGCGAGUACCAAGAGAAGGAAGUGCUUAGAAUCAUGCCAAAAUGUGGCCACAAUUUCCAUCUCGUUUGCGUCGAUGUUUGGCUCCGGAGGCAGUCUACUUGCCCGGUCUGUCGCCUACCCUUAAUAGACUUGAUUGGAAUGAAGGAUGUGGGUCCUGCCACCGCCAAUAUUCCCAGGUGACCAGGUCCCAUUAAUGGCUUCUUCCAGGGAUCGAGAGUUCAGAAGGGACCAGAAGCAAUAGCCGCAAUCACCCCGAUUUAUCUUCCUCCAGUAGUCCUCACGAGAUUAUUCCUGUGGAACCUGAAACAGGCGGAUGAUCCGGUGUAUUUGCAGACAUGAUAAAACUGGAACCAGCAAAUGGCUCGGGCAUUGGCAGAAGCAUGAGAUUUAUUGAUGGGAGGUGUACAUAUGAUAUAAGUACAAAUGUUUUCCUGUACAGAAUGCUCAAUUAUACCUGAAAUGGUAGGUAGAUGGUAAUACUGGUUACACACAAGACUUUCUUCUGCUAGAGAGCUGAAGUUGUCAGUGUUUGUGCUGAUGAUCUUUUUGCUGACAAAAUCCAUAUAGAUUCUCACGUUGAUAUA